GCCUCUGCCGCCCCCCGCCCCGCCGGGCCCCCCCGGUGCCGGCGGCGGCUGCAGAACUGCCUGUACAACGUGCUGGAGCGGCCCCGCGGGGGGGCCUUCGUGUACCACGCCUUCAUCUUCCUCCUCGUCUUCAGCUGCCUGGUGCUCUCCGUCUUCUCCACCAUCCAGGAGCACCAGAAGCUGGCCAACGAGUGCCUCUUCAUUCUGGAGUUUGUCAUGAUCGUGGUGUUCGGCAUGGAGUACAUCGUCCGCGUCUGGGCGGCCGGCUGCUGCUGCCGCUACCGGGGCUGGAGGGGACGGCUCCGCUUUGCCCGGAAACCCUUCUGCGUGAUAGAUUUCAUCGUCUUCAUCGCCUCGGUGGCCGUCAUCGCCGCCGGCACCCAGGGCAACAUCUUCGCCACCUCGGCGCUGCGCAGCAUGCGCUUCCUGCAGAUCCUGCGCAUGGUGCGCAUGGACCGCCGCGGCGGCACCUGGAAGCUGCUGGGCUCCGUCGUCUACGCCCACAGCAAGGAGCUGAUCACCGCCUGGUACAUCGGCUUCCUGGUGCUCAUCUUCGCCUCCUUCCUCGUCUACCUGGCCGAGAAGGACGCCAACGCGCAGUUCGCCACCUACGCCGACUCCCUCUGGUGGGGCACGGUCACGCUCACCACCAUCGGCUACGGGGACAAGACGCCGCAGACGUGGCUGGGGCGGAUGCUGGCGGCCGGCUUCGCCCUGCUCGGCAUCUCCUUCUUCGCGCUGCCCGCCGGUAUCCUGGGCUCUGGCUUUGCCCUCAAGGUGCAGGAGCAGCACCGGCAGAAGCACUUUGAGAAGAGGCGGACGCCUGCAGCAAAUCUCAUCCAGGCUGCGUGGCGGCUGUACUCGACGGAUGCCAGCCGAGCGUACCUGAUGGCCACCUGGUGCUACUACGACAGCCUCCUGCCCUCCUUCAGAGAGCUGGUCCUAAUGUUUGAGCAUUUGCACCGAGCCCGCAACGGAGGAUUUAGGAGUUCAGAGGUGAAAAAAUGGCCUGACGGAGCCCCACCGCCGCCUUAUCAGUCCUUCACCUCUGGCCAGAAAAGCGCCGUCCCCGCGGCUUGUUCAGGGGAAAGCUGGAAGGAGGAGGACGCGCAGCCCCACAAGUGCUUGAGCCUCAGCACCAAGAUGGGCAUCAAGGACCGCAUCCGGCUGGGCCCCCCGGGCAGCCGGGGCCGGCAGCACCUGGGCCCCCCCCUGCAGCGCUCCCCCAGCCCCGAGGACAUCCCCGAGGCCUCGAGCCCCAGCAAGGUGCACAAGAGCUGGAGCUUCAACGACCGCACGCGCUUCCGUGCCUCCCUCAGGCUCAAGCCGCGGCCCCCGGCCGAGGCUGACUGCCCGCCGGAGGACAGCGGCGAGGAGAAGAGCCCCCCCUGCGACCUGACCUUCGAGGACAUCAUGCCGGCGGUGAAGAGCCUGAUCAGGGCUGUCCGGAUCCUGAAGUUCCUGGUGGCCAAGAGGAAGUUCAAGGAGACCCUGCGGCCCUACGACGUUAAGGAUGUCAUCGAGCAGUACUCGGCCGGGCACCUGGACAUGCUGGGCAGGAUCAAGAGCCUGCAGACGCGCGUGGACCAGAUCGUGGGCAGGGGGGGCCCCGCUGCGGACAAGAAGACGCGGGAGAAGGGGGAGAAAGCGGCGCCGGAGCCGGAGCCGGUGGACGAGCUGAGCAUGAUGGGGCGCGUGGCCAAGGUGGAGAGGCAGGUGCAGUCCAUCGAGGACAAGCUGGACCUGCUGCUCGGCCUCUACUCGCAGUGCCUGCGCAAGGGCUGCACCAACUCCUUCAGCCUGGGCGCCGUGCGGGUGCCCCCCGGCGAGCCCGACAUCACCUCCGACUACCACAGCCCCGUGGAGCACGAGGACAUCUCGGCCUCCGCCCAGACGCUGAACAUCUCCCGCUCGGCCAGCGCCAACAUGGACUGAGGGCAGCGGGGCAGGGCGGCGGGGACGGAUCCUGACAGCCUGCGGCGGGGGCGCAGGACAGGGUGCGGGGGGCGCGGGAGCCCCCACGGCAUCACCCAGCCCCACCGAGCCGCGUCCGGCACCGCGGUACUUGGACCUUGCGGUGAGCCCCCAGGCGGUGCGUGGGGCGCGGUGGCAGCAGCGGGAUGGGGUGCAAGCAGGAUCCGACCACGCUGCGAGGCGGAGGAGCCCCCCACGUAAGGGGGGGGGGGUGCGCUCCGGGCUGGAAGCCCCCAGAGCAGGGCACGUGUCCAUCUCCCCAGCAGGGUCCUGCCCGGGUGCCACCCGCUCACCCCCCAGGGCCACCACCAGCUAUGCAAGGCUCCAGCCCCUCGCUGCCGGUGCUGAGCAGGGGUGCUGGGGCACAACCCGAUGCGGUUUUAUCGCUGCAGGUCGGGGUGGCGGCGGGGGCCUGCCCGGUGCAGGGGGCAGGGGUCUGAUCCCCCCGGCCUGCCCUGCCCGGGUUCAUUCCCCUGCUCCCCUCCCGGACCUCCAGAAGCACAGCAGCACCUUCUGCCUGCCCGUGCAUGCUCCCAGGGCAAUAUAUAUAUAGGAGAUAUAUAUAUAUAUAUAUUAUAUAUAUGCAAUAAUGUCUGAAUAUGCAACACCCCCGGGGAGAGCAACCUGGGGGGACAUCGUAGGCAAUAAGCAACCCCCCCGCCCCCCGACAGCACACAGGGCUGGAUCCUGCUCCCCCGGGGGGUCCUGAGGACUCAGGGCCGGGUGGCAAACCUCUGCUGGAGGGGGGGUGUCCCUGUGCCCCCCCCCCCUUGCACGCUGCUUGGGCCGGUUUCCAGCCCCGCACGGCUGGAAACGACCGUGGUAGUGCCAAAAUUCGCUGAGCCGGGGCUGGUGUCCCCGGCGCUCUGGGGAGGGGGGGGCUCGUGGGACCUCUCAGCUUCAGGCUGUGGGAUUUCCACCCCCUCCCCAGCCCCCCCGUAAUGCUUCUGCUCCCAGCAAGGGGGGGGGGGGGGCGCUGGGGUUGCCCCGACCUUGCUCGUUAGCCUCAUUAGUGCAUGUGGCCAGCGAGGGCCGAGCUUGCAGCCCCCCCCGUGCUGCUGCCGCACCCCCCCCCGGCCCCCUCCCCU